UCUUCCUCACUGUGUGCCUUGAGAAGUGGUUUUACUUUGCUGGGCCUCAGUUCCUUCUGCAAAACGGGGCUCCUGAUCCCCUUGACUGUCGUGGUCUACAUGAUCCACGGUAGGUGCUCAGUGGGCAUUUGUUGAAUGACUGAAUGAUGCGUGUACUCAUGAAUCAUGAUCACAUCCCAUAGCCAGUAAGCUUCUACGAACAUCAACACCUGGAUCUUCCCAGUGGACCUGGGGACCCAUUCUUUGCUUUGAAGGCAGCGUGUUCCUGAGAGAUGGCAGAACAGCACAGAGCACCAGAGCAGUCUGCAGCUGGCAAGAGCCACGGAGGCCUUGGGGGUGGCUACAAGGUGACCUUGUACGAACUGGAGAACUUCCAGGGCAAGCGAUAUGAGCUCUCGGCCAAGUGCCCUAGCCUGACUGAGCUGGAGAAGGUGGGCUCCAUCCAAGCGGAGUCUGGGCCGUGGCUGGCGUUUGAGUGCAGGGCCUUCUGUGGGGAGCAGUUUGUCCUGGAGAAGGGGGAUUACCUGUGCUGGGAUGCCUGGUCCAGCAGCUGCCACAGUGACAGCCUGCUGUCCCUCCGGCCUCUGCACAUCGAUGGCCGGGACCACAAGCUGCACCUGUUUGAGAGCCUUGCCUUUGGUGGGCGCAAGAUGGAAAUCAUGGACGAUGACAUGCCCAGCCUGUGGGCUCACGGCUUCCCGGACUGCAUGGCCAGUGUCCUUGCCAUCAAUGGGAUGUAAGGGCCCCACCCCUUCCUGGCCCCAUCCCCUCUGCUGCAGGGUCCAGCCUCCCCUCUGAAGGGUUUCUCAGCUCAGGGUUUCUUAUCUGAUGACUUAGGUGGUGCCCGGGGCCUGGAAUGUCCUGUCAGGCAGCCCCCAUGGGGCGACUGUCCGGUUACCUCUGCCUCCCAUACCCUUGAAAUUUCUAGG